AUUACAAUGAAACAGAGCCUACAGCUGGUCUGAGCUGUUUUGGGGCACAUCAGUACACAGAACAAGACAUUUUAGGAGAGGCUGAGCCACGCGUCACACACCAUCACAUGUGUGUGUUACUACAUGAAGGCAGCUGCUACGCACUUGGAGACACACGGAAAGACGCAGAGGCAUGAUGUGACACUCGGCCACGCGUAAUUUGCGCAUUUGGAAAGCGGUGCGCACGGUAGAUGCACCGCUGUGUGUGUGAUGAUUUUACUGUUUCUGGACGCCCGAUGUUGUUGGAGUGACUCCAGGGAUGCUGCGGCUUGUCUGGCUGCCGGAGUGCCUCCGUGCAACAAGGGACUGCGCCCCCCACAUCUGCUGAACAGGAGAGGCGCAUCAGCCGUUUCUGACCAUUUAUGAUUUGACUCUCACCGGGGGAAUAACCCGGUAUGGAUCACUCCUGGGACAUUUAAGCAUCUCCUGCGGUGAUAUCGCUCUCUGCUGGGGCUGUGGUGUGCAGACUGUCCCUCUUCCUCAGGCUUCAAGAUGGGGAAUAGUUUCUCCAAUUUGGGUGCCUUCCAGUCCCUGCACAUAGUCAUGCUCGGCUUGGACUCUGCCGGCAAAACCACUGUCCUGUACCGGCUUAAAUUUAACGAGUUCGUCAACACGGUACCCACCAUCGGCUUCAACACGGAGAAGAUCCGGCUGGGCGGUGCGGGGGCCUCCAGGGGCAUCAGCUGCCACUUCUGGGACGUCGGGGGCCAGGAGAAGCUACGGCCCCUGUGGAAGCCCUACAGCCGCUGCACGGACGGAAUCGUGUACGUGGUGGACUCGGUAGACGCUGAGAGGCUGGAGGAGGCCCGGACCGAGCUGCACAAGAUCACCCGGUUCUCGGAGAACCAGGGGACCCCGCUGCUGGUCAUCGCCAACAAGCAGGACCUGCCCCGGGCGCUGGAUGUCGGGGAGAUCGAGAGGCAGCUGGCCCUUGCUGAGCUGAGCCCCUCCACCCCGUACCACGUCCAGCCGGCCUGCGCCAUCAUAGGAGAGGGUCUGGAUGAGGGCAUGGACAAGCUGUAUGAGAUGAUAGUGAAGAGGAGGAAGUCACUGAAGCAGAAGAAGAAGAGGCAGUGAUGAUUUAGAAAUAUUACAGGAUGAUACACAGCAGAUAAAAACACCAGGAAGCAUAAAUAUCAUUAUUGAUCACCACAGAGACAUUACAAGUCUCCAUAUAUAACGGGAAUAUAUUUAUACUGAUGCUACAUGAGCUGAAAAUAUUGUCACUCUUCAGGUUUGAAUGUUAUAGAGGGACAUAAUGAAGGCAAACCUGCCUAAACUCAAUUUACCAACAUUUUUAUUUGCAGAAAACAACUAGAUCAUCUGAUAAUAUAAAUAUGAAUGACAAUAAGUACAACAAAACAAUCAUAAUAAUCUCAUUUAUGGGAAAAAAAACAAGAUGUCUUGCCUUUAUCAGCUGUUUUAACCCUCUUUACAGGCAGAUUAAACUCCCUCUGAGUGAGUCCCUGGUGUAGGCGUAUUAAUAGGACUGUUUCAUUAGGGAUGUCUACGUUGUGGCGGAGAUGUUUUAUAAAGUGUAUUGAUCUACUGGCAGAGCUCCCUGUUGCUGCCGUGUUGUGCUGUGCACAGACUGUUGUAAAUGUGAUUAGGGAUGCACUGAUGCACAGGCUGGUGUUUAGAGCUGUGAGAUGGUGUUACACCAAAGAUGAUUCCCCUGAGAAGACAAACCUCUCCAUCUCUUCCAUCCUCCAUUGUUUUGUUAUUUACAACUAAGGUGAAAAUGUAGGCUAAAUCUGACAUGAUUGGUUGAGAUAAGGCUGAGACUACAACUUUGUUAAGGUUCUGGGUGAUCAGUCUAAAUAGUCAAGAGUUAACUAAUGAGGUCACCGGAGCCUCGCCGUUUUUCCAGGAUACAGUUUUUGUAGCUUUGUGGCUCAACAAAGCAGAUGGGGGAUAAAAAGGGCUCAUAGUUUGUUGCUUCUAAGUAAAGACAAUAAUAAGCUGCCAAUAAGUGUGGAAUUGAUACUGUCAUCAAGCAGUUUUAGAAAGAAUUGCAGUGGUUUAAGAUUAUGAAAUGCACCCAUUGACUCUAUGCUUAUUUUGCACUUUGAGAAAUUUUCUGAGUGGUGUGUCUUGACACGAGAAACCACCUUUGAUUAAACUUCCUCCGGAAGCCAUAUUGGAGGGCUGAGCUCUGUGAAUAGCGGAUUUUGUGUCCACAGAUCUCAGGAGGUGAUUGAUUUUGACUGUUCACCAUGGAUCUACAGCACACUUAUUUUUUUUUAUCUUUACAUGUACAUGUAGCUCUCUGUUUUUAGCUUGGGUCCAGAGUUACCACCUUUCUUCCAAGAACAGUAACAACUAGUUGCUAAAUAAGUUGCCAGUGGACACCAUGUGUUUGUUGCUGCAUAAACUUGAGCUUACAGUUCUCCAUUUGCAGUGAUUUACUGCCAUAUCGUUGAGCGCGUUAUCAAUUAUCCAGUGGAAAAAAAUCAUUUAUUGUUUCCGCUUUCAGGCACUGGGAUAUCAAAACACAGGUAAAUGUAGCAGUGGCUGUUUAUAUAAUUUGUGCACCAGAUUGCCAAAUUACCAUUACCAAACUGCCAUCAUGCAUUGCACAGUUCUUCCUGAAAACUUUCAACAAAACACUACGUAGUCGUCAACAUAGAGUGAUGUUGGGCACAAGACUUGGACAAAAUCAGAUCAGCAUCCUCACGGUUCUCCAAAAUAAAUAGUAGUUUUGUUAUCAGCUGUUCCUCAGAGUUGUUGAGAAAGCGUUAGGCAUCCCACAUGGUGUUGACCUGCUGGCAGUGACAGGACAGAGAGACGAGGAGCAAAGUGUCUUCCUUAAACAAUGAUGUAGUCUAACAAACCGACAGGCUGGAACCUGUUAAGCUGUUCCUACAAAUGACUUUCCUCUUAUUGAAGGAUAUUUACUCAUAAAUGUUUCCUCCAGUUGAAUGAUAAACCAAAAUAUGAUGUGUGGGGGAGUUUUUCUAAUAAAAUUAUUUCCCCUUAGAACAGAUUAAGUACCAACCCAAUGUUAACACAAUGUUCCACCCACAUGAUUGACAGCUUGCAGAAUAAGUCCUAAAAAGUCACUGAAAUUAGCAUUUUGUCCUACAGGACUGUUGAAUGUCUCACACGGACUGUUGUCUAAUGCCGCGUUCACGUCUAAACAGAAGAAGAAACAAGGUUACAUUUAGAUGCUGCAGCUCGAUGAAAACAAAAUAAUCAAACUUUAUGUGUUUUAAAUGAUAAAAUGGAGCAUGUUGUAAAACUGAUUGUGUUUUGAAGGUAAUUUGAUCAUCAUUUAAAAUCUUUGCAACAUAAAUCUGACGUGAACGUGGCAUCCUUUCCUCUGCAGCAUUCAGUUGAGCUGUGUUCAACACUGCAUGACAGCCGUUACUUCAGACAAUGUAAAUUAUACAGUGUAGUGUUACAGCCAAGAUACAGCAAGA